UACAGAUUUGAUUUCGGAUCAAACCAAAUAACUCGUCCUCGCCGGAAGUUGUGUUGUUUACAUUUUCCAAGAUGGCGGCGGGAAUGUAUUUGGAACACUAUUUGGACAGCAUAGAGAACCUGCCUUUUGAACUGCAGAGGAACUUCAAUUUGAUGAGGGACUUGGAUCAACGUACGGAGGAUCUAAAGGGGCAGAUAGACUCCCUGGCAAAGGAUUACACAUCCAACGCCAGGACCCUCUCGUCUGAACAGAAGCUUACUAUUCUGAGGCAGAUCCAGCAGUCGUACAGCAAAAGCAAGGAGUUUGGGGAUGACAAAGUGCAACUGGCCAUGCAGACUUAUGAGAUGGUGGACAAGCACAUCCGGAGACUGGACACAGACCUGGCCCGCUUUGAGGCCGACCUGAAGGAGAAGCAGAUAGAGAGCACAGACUAUGAUUCCACCUCCAGUAAGGGAAAGAAAAGUGAGUCCAGGGGGCUGAAAGAGAAGAAGGUGGCUAAAACUCGGUCUAAAGUGAAGAGCUCCGAUGAAGAUGGCAGUCCGAAGAGUGCACAGAAGAAAGUCAAACUUCUCCAGCCGGGGGAGUUCACUGCUCCAGCUGCUAACUUUGGGAACGUGCAUCCCUCUGACGUGCUGGACAUGCCAGUGGACCCCAAUGAGCCCACCUACUGCCUGUGUCACCAGGUGUCCUAUGGAGAGAUGAUUGGCUGUGACAACACAGAUUGUUCCAUCGAGUGGUUCCACUUUGCCUGCGUGGGCCUGACGACGAAACCAAGAGGGAAAUGGUAUUGUCCACGCUGCUCUCAAGACAGAAAGAGAAAGUAAGCCCCUAAGGUAGAGGGGCCAACCGAUUGUCGAGUCAGGAUACUACGUUAGUAGUGAAGAGAAAGUAACAUGACAUUUUCUGUCCCCAGGAUCGUAUUACAUUGUUUAUCGGUCUUCUAGCAUAGAGCAAUUGGUGCUUUCUUUUUUUGUUUACUUGAUUUAAUGUAGUGUGAAGGAGAUAUGUGGUUACAGAUGUAUUUAAAUAUGUUUCAAAGGUUGAGAGUUGAUAGUUAUGAGAGUUGCUUUGUGGUUUUUUUUUGUUUUCUUUGUUUCUAUUUUUUUGUAACUGAACAAUAAACACUAAAAUUUGACAGUUAGUGUCCAUAA